GUUUUUCAAAUCAAAUUCACAAUUCAGUUCACGGAAUAUCUAUUCCAUUAUUUCUCAAUUCUGUACAUACAUGUACCAUGAACGCGUCCACCAUAACCGUCCAUUGGCACAACGACAAUCAGCCCAUUUACUCUGUGGACUUCCAGCCCUCGGCAUCUGGCCCUUCUCCUAGAUUGGUCACAGGAGGAGGAGACAACAAUAUCCGAGUCUGGAAAUUGCACCAUAAACAUGACCAAUAUCUCAGCACAUUGAGAAAACAUACACAGGCUGUCAAUGUCGUCAGAUUUAAUCCCUUGGGUACUAUAUUGGCAACAGCUGGUGACGAUGGAACGUUGAUUCUUUGGAAACUCGCUGACCGGGUCUUGAAGGAUUUUGAAGCGGAGGAUGAAGACGAUGAUGAUGUUCAGGAGUCGUGGCAGGCUGUGUGUCAGUUCCGAUCGUCGACUUCUGAAAUCAAUGAUAUAUGCUGGUCGUCAAAUUCCCGGUAUUUGGUCACUGGUUCCAUGGAUAACAUCACUAGAGUGUAUCAUAUCGAUUAUGCCAAUGAUAAGGUCACUGGUACUCUUGUGACAUCGAGCAAGAACCAUAACCACUACAUCCAGGGUGUCUACUGGGACCCACUUGACCAGUACAUAGUAACACAAUCAGCAGACAGAUCCGUCUGCGUAUACAGAAUCGUUAAGCAUAAGAAGAAGGACGAGAUUGAAGACAUAAAACUAGCACACAGAUUCUUAAAAUUUAAUAACCAGCACCUUUACCACUCAGAAACAUUGCAAUCUUUCUUCAGAAGGUUGUGCUUUUCACCAGAUGGAAGUUUGGUAAUAACACCAGCAGGUUUGGAAAACGAUUCGACCGCUAUCAACACUGUCUAUGUGUAUUCCAGAUACAGUCUCUUGCAUACGCCCAUCUACAAGAUAUCGAACUUGAACAAGCCAGCUAUUGCCGUGGCAUUCAACCCAUUUCUAUACGAGCCUAGUGCAACCAGUCCAGUUCUAAAGUUAGCCUACAAGAUGAUAUUUGCCGUUGCAACCCACGACUCGAUCCUAAUAUAUGAUACGGAGAAUUUCAAGCCUUUGGGUUACGUUUCCAACUUACACUACAGUUCCAUAACUGAUCUCAAAUGGGAUUCCGACGGUACAAAGAUCAUCGUGAGUUCAACUGAUGGAUUCUGUCUGAUAAUAUCGUUUGAUGACAAUGUGUUCGGCCAGCGAUAUGCAAAGAAGGAAGAGAAAUCAGAGGGUGUGCCUUUGACUGUUCCUGUCACUGAUCCUCCGACACCUGUGGCAACAAAUUCAAGAAGCUUGACUCCUAUCAACAACCUAAAAGCUCUUCAUUUGUCCAGUGAUGUGGGGGAAAUAGAGGACUACAAGUCGGAUUUCGACUCAUCGGAGGCAAAGGACGUAGAAAUGAUACUGGGAGACACCAGUCCUGAAGUUGAAAUAGUAGAGAUAAUAUCCGAAGAAGAAACUACGGAUGUAGCUGCUCCUUCCAUGGGAACUAUAGAUAAGUUUUUCAUGAGGCUGAAAGAGCUCUCGCCCAACAAGGACAAGAACAAGCGUAGAGUUGUGCCUACAUUGGUAAAUAACUAGAAAGUGCUAUUUGUUAUCUGUUAACAUUAGUUAGCUAGUUAACGAUAGAUAAUAAGAAUACUAAGUUAACAAUACGUUAACCAUGGGGUACUUAGUUAGAAUUAGAUACCAGUUAGCAACAUUGAAAUAUGACGAGCGAGAACGGUCCUUCUCGUGAGGUGAAUCU